CGCCAUUUUUGGGUCCCUCCCGGGGAGCCGCUGUGUGAGGGAGGAUCCCGUUCUUCCCACAGCGACGCCAGUGCUAGUACGGGGCUUCUGGGACGCUAGCGCCGGCCACUGCUGCUUGCUGCCUGUUCCUAGCACUCAUCCCGCCGUCGGCAGCGCAUUCCAACAGUUGUAAAUUUCUUGAGCAGAGGGGGAGAACAAAGAAGCCGCCAUCAUGGACGCCAUCAAGAAGAAGAUGCAGGCGAUGAAGAUGGAGAAGGACAGUGCCAUGGACAAGGCCGACACCUGCGAGGGACAGGCCAAGGAGGCCAAUCUGAAGGCCGAUAAGAUCCUCGAGGACGUGAGAGACCUGGAGAAGAGGCGAGCCCAGUUGGAGCAGGACUCGGAGACUACUAAGAAGAACUUGGAGCAGGCGAACAAGGACCUGGAAGCGAAGGAGAAGGCUCUGCAGGCCGCCGAGAGCGAGAUGGCAGCACUGAACAGGAAAGUGCAGCUAAUUGAAGAGGAUCUUGAACGCUCUGAGGAGAGGUCGGGCACGGCUCUCACGAAACUGCACGAAGCCUCAGAAGCCGCUGAUGAAGCCAGCCGAAUGUGCAAGGUAUUCGAGAACCGUAGUCUUCAGGACGAGGAGAGGAUGGACCAGCUGACCAACCAGCUCAAGGAGGCCCGACUGCUAGCUGAGGACGCCGACGGCAAGUCUGACGAGGUGACCCAGAAGCUGGCAAACGUUGAAGAUGAGCUGGAAGUGGCUGAGGACCGAGUGAAGACCGGAGAAUCAAAGAUCAUGGAGCUUGAGGAAGAGUUGAAGGUCGUCGGCAACAGCUUGAAGUCUCUGGAAGUGUCUGAAGAAAAGGCCAACCAAAGAGUGGAGGAAUACAAGCGCCAAAUCAAAAGCCUGUCUGUGAAGCUAAAGGAGGCUGAGGCGCGAGCAGAAUUCGCUGAGAAAUCCGUGAAGAAACUCCAGAAAGAAGUCGACAGGCUUGAAGACGAACUGGGUAUCAACAAGGAUAGAUACAAGUCACUGGCUGACGAGAUGGACUCCACCUUCGCUGAACUGGCUGGUUAUUAAAAAUAUCCUUCAUACGAAGCAGCAGGUAAAUUGGACGGAAGUGACGUCACAAGAAGGGCCGUUCGGUAGACUUCUCACAUUCACGAGAUUCGGCUUUCAAUUCCUAUAUUUGUUUCUUUCAGAAUU